GUGGGGCGAGUGUUCUGUGAUCAGCCGAGCAAGGCUGAUGUGCCCGCCCGAGCGCGAGCGCGCGGCCGGGUGUGUGCGCGCCUGUGUGUGUAUGUGUAUGUGUGUGUGUGUGAGCGAGAGAGGGGGUACGAACACGCCUUUGGGGACCCGAGGGACUCUGCGGUGGGCUUCUCUCCGGCGUCGGCCCUGCGGCUGCUCAGCUUUGCAUCUGCCUAUCGCGCUUCUGCAGAAGCAACCCCGCUCUUUCAUCCUCUCGGAACCACCCUCAGCAUCCGAUCUUACUUUUUCUUUCACCCACGAGGGUAGCAGCUGGCCACCUCCUUAACCGGUGCAAACACCCAAGCCAGCGCUCAGUGCUCUCCUCAGCUAGUAUUUUCCCGCUUGUCUUUCCUUGGGGCUCCCCACGAGCCCCUCCAAUGCUCCUCCACCCUUAGAAAUUGUUCUGUUGGCCUGUUUAACCGAAGAGUUGUAAAUCUUGAAGACUUUAUUAUUAUUAUUAUUAUUUUGAUUCUUUUCAUUUCAUCCCCUUGUGGGCAACGGAGCAAUGAAAUUUCCAAUCGAGACGCCAAGAAAGCAGGUGAACUGGGAUCCUAAAGUGGCCGUACCUGCAGCAGCUCCACCAGUGUGCCAGCCCAAGAGUGCCACUAACGGGCACCAUCCGCUUCCCCGCCUCUCCAUUUCCUCCCGAGCCACGGUGGUAGCCAGGAUGGAAGGCGCCUCCCAGGGAGGCCUGCAAACAGUUAUGAAGUGGAAAACAGUGGUUGCCAUCUUUGUGGUUGUGGUGGUCUACCUCGUCACAGGUGGCCUUGUCUUCCGGGCAUUGGAACAGCCCUUUGAGAGCAGUCAGAAGAACACCAUCGCCUUGGAGAAGGCAGAAUUCUUGAGAGAUCAUAUCUGUGUGAGCCCCCAGGAGCUGGAGACAUUGAUCCAGCACGCGCUCGAUGCUGACAACGCAGGAGUCAGCCCAGUAGGAAACUCUUCCAACAGCAGCAGUCACUGGGACCUCGGAAGUGCCUUUUUCUUUGCUGGAACUGUCAUCACGACCAUAGGGUAUGGGAAUAUUGCUCCCAGCACCGAAGGAGGCAAAAUCUUUUGUAUUUUAUAUGCCAUCUUUGGGAUCCCUCUCUUUGGUUUCUUAUUGGCUGGAAUCGGAGACCAACUUGGAACCAUCUUUGGCAAAAGCAUCGCAAGAGUGGAAAAGGUUUUCCGAAAAAAGCAAGUGAGUCAGACCAAGAUCCGGGUCAUCUCAACUAUUCUGUUCAUCUUGGCUGGCUGCAUCGUGUUUGUGACGAUCCCUGCUGUCAUUUUUAGAUACAUCGAAGGGUGGACAGCCUUGGAGUCCAUUUACUUUGUGGUGGUCACUCUGACUACAGUAGGCUUUGGUGAUUUCGUGGCAGGGGGAAAUGCUGGCAUCAAUUACCGAGAGUGGUAUAAGCCGCUGGUGUGGUUUUGGAUCCUCGUCGGCCUUGCCUACUUUGCAGCUGUCCUCAGUAUGAUCGGAGACUGGCUGCGGGUUCUAUCCAAAAAGACGAAAGAAGAGGUGGGUGAGAUCAAAGCCCACGCAGCUGAAUGGAAAGCUAAUGUCACCGCCGAGUUCCGGGAAACGAGAAGGCGCCUCAGCGUUGAGAUCCAUGACAAACUGCAGCGAGCAGCUACCAUCCGCAGUAUGGAGCGCCGGAGGCUGGGCUUGGACCAGAGGGCCCACUCGCUGGACAUGCUCUCCCCUGAGAAGCGUUCUGUCUUUGCAGCCUUGGAUACAGGCCGCUUCAAGGCCUCAUCCCAGGAAAGCAUCAACAACCGACCCAACAACCUGCGCCUUAAGGGGUCAGAACAGCUCAACAAACACGGGCAAGGCGCUUCUGAGGACAACAUCAUCAACAAGUUCGGGUCCACCUCCAGACUCACCAAGAGGAAAAACAAAGAUCUCAAAAAGACCUUACCCGAGGAUGUUCAGAAAAUCUACAAAACCUUCCGGAAUUACUCUCUGGAUGAAGAGAAGAAAGAGGAGGAGACAGAAAAGAUGUGUAACUCAGACAACUCUAGCACAGCCAUGCUGACAGAAUGUCUACAGCAGCAAGCUGAGAUGGAGAACGGAAUGGUACCCACGGACACCAAAGACCAGGGGCUGGAGAACAACUCCUUACUUGAAGACAGAAACUAAAUGUUAAAGACUCUGGAGUUGGACUAAGUGUUGUCUUGUUUUUGUGGUUUGGUUUUGUUUUCCUUUUCUCUUCUUUUUAAAUAUUCACACUGAGACACGUGCCUUAAACAGACUUCUUGUUAGUCCAAAAUUACAUAACAUUGAAGACUAUAUUUCACUGUGCCAUACACGACUGAAAGCUGGCUCGGCCAAAGGGAAAUCAGACAAGAGCUUCAUUUCAGAUAGUGGCGGCAGGACACACGGGGAGGGGUUGCAUACAUAGCAGGUGUCGGGCUGUCCCUGUGAGGGGCCUCCCAAUGGCGAUGCCGUAGCCCUCACACAGCACCACUGACAUGGCACGUAGACGUGGGCAGCUAUUCCUUAGACUAGCCUCUGAGAGGACAGGUUUGUCUUUUGAAUGGAGUCUCCAUUCCUGAACCUACCUUUAGUGAUAGGUUGCACACAACAGGGGCAGCUGUUCGCAGGUGACCUGGUAACUCUAGCUAGGGUUUGAAUGGGUAUGUUGGCAUGUCCUCAGCUUGAAUUUUGACAGGCCACAGUGCAGAACACCUACAAAAUGAACAUCCGUGGGACCCAAGAGUACCUGGAAUUUGUGGGAAGCUGAUCAGAGCACACGUUUUAUAAGGUGCAAUUGCUUUUCUCAUUAAAAGAAAAAAAUCACAGACACAUCCCACUGUGGAUAUCUCCUUAACCAAUGACAGAAGCCCACUGAACUUUGUCCUUUUCCAGGGAUAGGUAGUCCAGGCAGGCUUGCAAGUAUUGGUGAAAACACCACCUCAGCCACUGCCUGGUUGAAAGGCAAAUCAUGCAUUGUCUUCAGUGGGUGUGAAGGUCAAAAUAAACUGAUUUUGGAACAUUCAUACUCACUUUUCUAUGGGAACUUUAAUUAUAACUUGUUUUGAUAGGAGGGAGGAAAUACCAAAAUUAUUGCCUUUGCAUGAUGCCAGUGGCUUGCUGUUCUGUCUAGCUGAUACUCAUUUUUUUUUAAAUAAAAAUAAAUAUAGACAUCUUGUGUUUAUGAGACACACCAAGGAGGACCGUGGCAUCUUUCCAUCUCAGGGCUUUUUGUCCUUUUGGGUGUCAUAGAGUAGACAUAGCUAUUUCCAUACAAAAGGAAAAUGAAUCUCUCACUCAAUCCUUGUACAUUAAGAUUGAAAUGGUUUAAGUUGUUUGCAGCUUAAGUGCCAUUAAUGCCAUUUAAAAAAUAACACUGAAAAGGAGUAUUCAAAAUAGUUCACUUCAUUCUUGUGUUUUAUCGUGUCUUUAUCAAUUUCAUUUUAUGCCUGUGUUUCUUUAUGCCUUUAUUAUGCUGAUAUAACCCUUCCUCACCUGUUCUUCUCACACCUGUUAUUCACUCAAAUGGUAACUCUCCUUCUAGGCAAACGAUGAUUAACAUGUAAUAGCUAUGAUUGCUUAUCACGUUACAAUGUUCGGUGAAGGAACGUUGUGGGAAAGGUCCAACGGUAGGUUGGGAGGAUGUUUUUUGUUUUUUGUUUUUUUUUUUUUUUUUUUUUUUUUUUUUUUUAAUCAGAAAUCCACAGUAGGCUUCUGUCUCACCUGUAUAUGCUUCGGCUUUCAUCAGAUUUGGCCGGCGUGUUGGUUCAGCUAGCUGGUGAUCUGGGCCCCUGCACUUAAACAUUUGGACCGUAUAAUAUGAGACAAUUGCUGGCUAUGGGUCUUCUAGACUCAGAACCAUCUUUGGGGAGUUUAUGUAAUUUUCUAUAACUAAUUCACAGAGCAUAUUUAACAAAAGAUCAUAGCACAAGUGGAGACUCCCAGAAACCAUCUACCAUUUUCUAACUCUGAGGGGAAAAUUAUACCCACUGCCUCCUUGACCACUGGUACCAUGGAAGACCCAUCACCCCUGCCUAUUUCCCUCAAAUGCCCCGCUUACAGCUGUCCCCUUCUUGAAGCACAGAAGCCCGUUUCCCAGAUCCCAAACCUUCAGAAUCUUGUUAGAGAUCUGAGAAGUCAAAGAAGAAUCACUAUGGUGAGGUCUUUUCUGUCAAGGGUUUGUCUGAGAUAACUCCUCCACCAGAACAGAACAUUGGCUCACUGGUGUUCCUCACAGUGCUGUGUAGACUCUUGGAAAUGAUGUGUAUACAGGUGUGGACACUGGGCUUUCAUUAUGGCAAGGGUCCAGUCAGGGUCAUUAUGUGUUAAAGAACAGAUAAGUGGGAUUUCUCUUGUUCUGACAAGUUUCCCAAUGAAACUGCACGUGGAUCUCAUUCAUUUAGGUUUCCACUGUGUGGUACCUUGCUAUGUCUUUAUGGUUGUGUUAAAACUGCAGGCACUGGAUCUGUAUCCGGUAGAGAAGCACCCCUGUCAUUUAUUCAGUGCCUUUCACGGACUUGGCACUGAAUGGUACGUUUUACGGUACUCACUGAAACCUCACCAUAUUGCAUUGGGGAAGCAUUUACAGAUUUUUUGUAGAGAUGAGGACACAGAGACUCAGGGAGGCUAACUUACCAGUAGUACACAGCAAGAAGGGGGUAGAGUCUGUUUUCAGUUUCUCUACAGUGUCCACAGUAUGGACCCUUGUGAAUGAGAGUGUGUGCAUGUGUGUGGUUGUGGGUGUUGCAAGUGUGCGCAUGCACACGUCUUACAAGUUUCAAUGAGCACAGUUGACAGAGGUGAGGUGAAAAUAGGCAUUUUUACCCCAUGAAGACAUGAAGUUUUGGAGUAAACCUGGCCUAAAAGGUUGCCCUCAAAGAUACCUACUGUAUGCUCUUGGCUUGGGGAUGCCCUAGGCAGCACCUUUUCUAUAUUGCUAGAAAUACCCCUCAAAAGCACUCCUUUGCACUUUACUUGAUUUUCUUGGGGGAACUCUUCAUACAGCAGGAAUUAGACAGCUCAGAGGUUUGAGAUACGUGGCUGACCAAAUGGAAGAGGUGCACAAGUUGGCGUGUGCAUAGAUGUAUUCACAAGAAUCAAACUGCAGUAAUACUGAGAAUCAAACAUAACCUUGGAUUGAGAGUAUGUAACCCAUUCCCUGAGUGUUGGAUACAGGUUCUAAAUGAUGUCAAAGAAGACCCUCUAUGAAGAUAGUGUAUGUGGAAAAAGUGUUCUAAAAACUGUGAAGUACUCUCCAAAGGAGAAGCUGAAGAGGGAAUGAGAAAUUUAAUUUCUCUUCAUUUGUACAUGCUAAGCCUGUAGGUAUUGGUUGUUUGGAUGUUACCCCUAUAAAGAUAGGGGUAAAUAACAUGCAGAACAUGUGUGAUAAGACAGCUGCUAUGUGUUACAUACAAGCAUCAUCCCAGCCUCUCCCCUCCCCAUCAGAACCCCCUGCCCCUCUUAAACCCAGGAUAAAUGGAUGGAUGUUACACUUGGGAAGGGCACAUGUUUGGUAUCUUCAGCAGGCAGUGUUGUGCUUCAUUUGGCAGCUGGAUCCAGAAGAGUUUUCUCAUCUGGAAGUUCAUUAGUGAGAGCCAAAGGAUAGUUUGGAGAGGCUCUAUUAUAUACCCAGUCCUAACUCAGUAAUGAUUCACUCUGGCAGUUUGGCAGUUUGGGUAUAGGGCUGUACGGUGCGUAUGUGGGUGGCAUGUGUGGUGAGAAAGAGGUCACUGGCCUAUAAUUCAGGUAUCUGGGACUACUGUUUGUGCUCGUCCACAUCACAGUUUAUGCUCAUGGGCACACUGCUUCCCUGUACCUCAACUGCACACCAAGAAAACUGAGCAUAGAUUACUACCAAACCCUUUUCCAGUUGUAUAGUGCUCUGAGAGAACAUUUCCCAGUCCAUGAGUUAAUUUAAUCAGAAAAUUAUUGAGUUGGAUUUUUGAAUAUUGACUAAUGGCCCCAUUCCUACCCUUGGUGUUUGUUUUCUGCAUGGUUGGUGGAGACCAGAUGUAUUCGAGAGACUGGUGUCCAAAUUAUAAUCAUAUUCCGUAUAGGGUCUAUCCACUGAUCUAGUCUGGCACCCCUUCACCUGGCAGCUCACUGGAUGCAGUUUUUUUUUGGGGGGGGAACAUGUAGGGGGUGGGUCAGGGCAAUGACGUUAUGACUAGUCAAAGGAUUGUAAGCCACUGCUGUUUGCACUCAGUUGUACUAAAGGUUCCAUUUGAUUGUGUUGUGAAUUCAGGUCCUUCUCCCUCCCUCCUUCCGGUACGCAAAGGCACACGUGCAAGUGGGAAAUGACUUUUUGGGUUCCAUGGGGACAACUUCAUGUGAAAAGUUCUAGUUGUGCUAAACAGGAGCAAACAACCCCUCCCCGCCUUCUGAGGUGUCAUUUCUGGGGGAAGUCAAAGCUGCAUACCUAUGUGUAUGCUUGGUUUGGGGGAGGCGGUUAGUGAAAAUGUGUGCCAGGGUUCUGAUUGAGGUGGUUGUGGCUCACUGGACUGGGGAAGAAUGUCAACCAUCCAGUGUGCAGAAUGGUUUCAGCCUUAGAGCAAAGACACCAGAAGGGAAGGAAGCCAAACAAGCUCGCAGAGGCUCUCUAGAAAAGAAAGCCAGCCCUGCCACCUCCUGCAGUUUGGCCUCCUGCUUUUGCCAGUGCUUCAUGUCCGGCAGUCUUUCUCAUCAUUAGGAUACGACUGUGUGCAAAGACAGAGGCUGAGGGGACAGGGGAAGCCGCUCCCGCUACAGCGUAACAACUGGUUAGUAACAGCCUCAACAAGACACACGAUACCACUUUCAUUUGGCAUUGCGGAUGCUGUCGAGUCUGCAUACAGUGUGGCAGCUACAUGGCUCUGAUAAAGUCCCGCAUUCUGCCCUUGUGCGACAGCCACGUUACACCUCACCGCCUUUUCCAUGUUCCAUGUGUUUCAUGGUCCCUUCAUGUCUGAAGAUCAUACAACACCAGCUUAGCGCGGUAUAGAGAAGUGAGAGGUGUUUCCGACUUACUGGAUGGGAUUAUCAUUUUCACAGGUGCCUGAGAUUGGGGACCCCCUUAUGUUCUUUGUCCUUAAGUGAAAACAAAACAGUUUCCUAGGCGUUAAAAAGAAACCUUUUUGAGAAGACUUCCAGUCCAUCAUCUCAGUAGACUUGUGCCAUGGAGGCUGCUGCACAGUCUGUUCCCUGUGGCUAGGGCUCUAGCUCUAAGCGGGAAGCUGCAGCCAUGCCUAGAAGUGAAAUGCAAAUCACCUUGUAUGCUAACCUUUGUUCCUUUUCUGUCCCAGAACUUCAGGCAAGGGAUGACAGAUGAUAAUCACACGUGUGGAGAUGUUUUACCUAUUUUUCUCUUUGUAGGAUUUCAUGGUGCUUUUCUUUUUCUUUUUUAAAAGGCAUUUUACAGUUAAUAAUGUGUUGGGGGGCAUUUCGUAUUGUUCUUAGGAGGAGAAGUGGGAAAUUUGCUUGUAACAUUUCAAUAAGCUGUGCUGCUACUGUCCUUAUUUGAUGAUGUAAUAUUUUUUUUCCAAUGAUGGAGAACAUUGCAACAAAGACCUGGUAAAUCCAA